UUCUCUUGCAACCUUUGCGACCUUCGACAACUCCACGAUCUUCGACAAGUCCCAUCACCAGGUCGACUAAUAACAGCAGCCAUGGCUUCCGAGAAGGCAAACAACCCCAUGCGGGAGCUGAAGAUUCAGAAGCUCGUUCUGAACAUCUCCGUCGGAGAGUCUGGUGAUAGACUCACUCGUGCGGCUAAGGUUCUGGAGCAACUUUCCGGACAGACACCCGUCUACAGCAAGGCUCGUUACACCGUCCGAACUUUCGGUAUCCGACGUAACGAAAAGAUUGCUGUCCACGUCACCGUCCGAGGCCCCAAGGCUGAGGAGAUUCUCGAGCGUGGCCUCAAGGUCAAGGAGUACGAGCUCCGCAAGCGCAACUUCUCCGAGACUGGCAACUUCGGCUUCGGUAUCAGCGAGCACAUCGAUCUCGGUAUUAAGUACGACCCCUCAAUUGGUAUCUACGGCAUGGAUUUCUACUGCUGCAUGACCCGACCUGGUGAGCGCGUCACCCGCCGCCGCCGAACAAAGUCCAAGAUCGGUGCCUCUCACCGCAUCAAGCGCGAGGAGACCGUCAAGUGGUUCAAGUCUCGCUUCGAUGGUAUUGUCCGAUAAACGGUUGAAAAGGAAAAUGGUUAUUUGAAUUUACGGAUUGGUCACGGCGAAAACUAAGGGGAAAACACACAUGGGGCAUGUAUUUUCUGUUGCCAUUGCUGCAUCAGCUCGACUCUUUUAGUCGAGCCACGGCCUGAGAGACCGACCGGCACUCUGCCGGCUUUCCGAUAUUCACUCACUCUGAAUGUGACAUCUGCCAUCAAUCGUCAGAUCAUUGGUACUUUGUCUACUUGGCCUCUCGUCUGUUUACGUCUACGUGAGACGCUAUAAACAUGUCCUUUGGGACUUUGAUGCAUCACUCUUUGCAUGUCUGCUGUUACUCGACUGAGUAGCAUCAGCUCUCUUCCCAUCAAUGCGUGAACUCAUGAAUGUUGUACAAUUGUAGUUGCAUGUUUAUAAUGGAUAUCACUUCCACAAACAAGCUUGCCUGUCUACAUAUUCCGACUGUCAAUGGUCUCUUGCCAGCCGUGUUUAGCAGCAGAUUGCUGUGUCGAGAAAUUGGCAAAGUCGAGUGGCGUAAGCCAACCUCUACAUUUUCUAUGAUGAAUCACUGAAUUCUCAUAAAGGCUCUCAUAAAGGCAGCCAUGCACUUAUGAUAAUUUCAUAAUUAUAUCAUAAGCUCGGAAAGUGUACAUACCUAAAUCAAGACUCAAUAUCA